GCUCCGAGGCGUUCCCAAAGCGAUACGAUAAACCCGCUUUCCGGAUGCAGGUUACAUCCCAGUUUAGCUAUUCACGUUAUUUUUGUUAAUAAGUUUUGAUCUGCGUGCAUAAUGUUAAUUUCUGCCCUUUUGAUAACUUGUACAAGCAUAAUCGCUAGGAUUCACAACUGCUGUUGUAUAUAAGAGGUGGUGUGGUCAUGCUGUAUGGACACAACGAGCAGGUACAGUAGUAUUAACAUUGCAAAAUAAGUUGGUCAACUUUGGCGCCUUUGCAACUGCUUACCACAACACUUCAUGGAAGAGGCUGUUUCUCAGUGGAGAAAAUAACAGAAAGUCAAAUACAACCAAGGAAAGAGGAUGGCUCCUGAGAUCCAGGCCGUGGUGGGAGCAACCAAAGCCUGGUUGCAGUCCUCCUGGCACGUCCAGGUGCCCUUUGCCUGGUUGGAAGCCUGUGUGGGGUGGCUGCAGGAAGAGGCAGGAGGAGCAGGCCAUCUGUCCCAGCAGCAAAUCAACCAACAGGUGCUAGACCAGUGGCUGUUGACAGACCUGCGGGACCUGGACUACCCUGUUCUGCCGGAGGGACUCUCUCAGGCCCAGAAGACUGAGCUCAGCGGCACCUUUUGCGUUCAGGUUGACUCAUUACUGGAUAUCAGCCAGCCUGCGUAUGGUCAGCUGCAGAAGUUGAGGGGCACAGACUGUGCGAAUGACGAGGUGUCUGCUGUCACACAAGCCACCCAGAGGCCAUGGGAAGCCAGACCAACCCGCAUGCUGCUUUUGCAGGUGACAGAUGGGGUUCAGAGCUUGGAGGCCAUGGAGUAUCAGUCUAUACCUGCUCUCAGCAUAGAUCUCAGGCCUGGUGUGAAGCUCCAGUUGCGAGGGCGGAUGUUUUGCAGACUUGGGAUGCUUCUGUUGGGACCGUCCAACGUCAAGGUUCUGGGUGGUGAGGUGGAGGACCUGGUGGACAGGAAUAAUCAGGGCAGGAUGCUUAGUCGGACGUUGGGGCUUCCUGAAGAGGAGCAGCAGCAGGGGGAAGAGGUCUCAUCAGCACCACAACAAGGUAACCAGGAAGUGGAGCUUGAUGAUGCAGAGUUGUUGGCCAAUCUGGAGGUCCAGGAGGCGGUGGAUAGGGUUCAGGUUUGGCCUGGUCAAGACAGUGGCUAUGGGACACUGAGUGAGACCUCUACUCAGUUCUCGAGAAGCUCCUCUGUCAGAAGCGUAGUCUCAGCAGCCUCUUCCAGAGGUGAAGCCUCUGCCCAUUCUUACAGAAGUGGGUUGGCCCAGAGAGACAGAGGUGGUUCAGUCCAAGGUCGUCACCACAGAAACGAACAGGAGGAGUCUGACCUCUUACCCUCCGAUCUCUUGAUUCAACAAGAGGUCCCAGAUCACAACAUGGCAGAUGAAGAAUUUCACGAUGAAGACUUUGACGAUAUUCCCUUGGAGGAGCUAGAUGUUAUAGUUUUUGAUGAAAGUACAAAUAUUGCUGACAGCAGUCAUAGAAGCACUCUACAGAACAAAAACAGAAUAGGAGGAAAUCCUGACCAAGCAAUGAAACACCAAACUGCCCAGUUUGAGCAGCACACUUUGAACAGCUCUGGGUCACGGCUUGGUUCUAGCAACUCUAGGUCCACUGCACAGAAAAGAGACCAUGGUGGCUGUCCUACAGCACCAACCUCCUCAUCCUUCCUUUCCCCAGCAGCUUUAGAACCAUCAUGCGAAUUGGAAUUUGUUGCUAAUGGCGAGAGAGAUUUCAUGGAUGAAGACAUGGACUGCUUUCUUGUAGAAGUGCAAACUGGGACUGGAGAGCCAAAUCAGUUCCCUGUUCAACAAGGAUGUAACAGAGACGGCGAGAGCUCUACCAAAAGAACAGACACUUCAGGCUCCAGGUGUAGACUGAUCAGCAACCCAUCAGGAAUUGUAACAACUCAAGGACAAAGUUAUAGUCCGAAUGCAGAAUUUGAUAGAGUACCUCCAAAAAAGGUUCCACACAGUCACAGCUUGGUCCAUCCUCUAAAUCUGACCUCGCCACCUUUUACAUAUUUGUGCCUGCUGGAAGAGAUGAUGUCCAAAGCAGGCUUGCACACCACAGAGAUCCGCGUAAAAGCUUUCAUUGUGACUCUCCUGGGGAAGCUGAGCAGCAACAAUGGUCUUUGGUGUGUCAGUGCCACAAUAUCUGAUGGAACUGGAUACUUGGACGUGGAGCUGUCUGAUGAGGUUCUGACGGGCCUGCUGGGCUUCUCUGUGUCAGAGAAGGGGGCUCUGAAGCGUGACCCAGCCCGGAGAGGUGAACUGGACACUGGGAUGAGGAGAUGUCAGGAAGAGCUGGUGGACAUGUGCUGCAUUAUGACUAUCAUGGUCAAACCAGAGGGUAGAAAAACGGUAGUGACCAAGACAGACCCUGUCAGUGAGGAAGUUCUCCAGGAACUGGAACAGAGGGUGAGAGACAGGAGAAAAUAAACGUAGAAAAUAGACGGAGGGGAAAUCGGCGAUAAUGAGAAAAUUACAUGCAGCGGAGAUGUAUAUUGCCUCUUAAGCAGAGAUGAAAAAUUGCUAGCAAAACUGAGUCAAUAUAGCACUGCACAUCAGCAUCGCUUUAAACGUUUUCCCUUUGUGGUGAAACUAAGGUAUUCUUUUAGGUUUGGUGAUCAGCCUGCCCCUCUGUUUCACAUUGGAGAGCACAAUGUGCAAACUGGAUGUCUUAUGAUAAGCAGUGUGUUGAAAUGCAUCCCAUCUGCUAUAUGUGAAUGUGGCAUUCUGUCAUUUGUCAUUAGAGGAUUUCAUUCAUCUACUCUGCAUCACUCCCAAGCAAAGUAAGCCAAUUAAAGAUUAAAAUAAUUUAUCUGUUCUUAAUUGAUACAUUUAAAACUUUGUUAAAAGAAGAGUGAAGCAGAUGGAGGGGGGUCAUAUUCUGAUAUUCUGAUUGUUGUAAUGAAUUGCCAGCCUUUGCAUUCAUUCAGUACAUCCAUUACUUCUGACUGAAAAAUGAUUGAAUAUCCAAGGGCAGCGUGGGUCUUUAAUAAACUCCCCCAGAGGAGAAUGAGAGGAAAGGAAGAUAAAGGAGAGGCCAUGAGCUUCGGCUCUUUCUGUUCAUUAUAGAGCCUCAUCUAUGUUUUGUCUUUGAUGGAUGCAUACACCACACAUUUGAUGCUCUGUCUGUAUGUACUAUUUAUUGAAAUGAAAUUGCUCUGAAGAUUUUAUAAUUUUCUUUCACCCUCUUUGACUAAUAAAACAUGUUUGAAGUAA